UGUUUAGAACAGUAGAAGUAGACCCGUGAGUUUGGUGUUCAAACUGUGUUUGGAAAUCCCCCCUCACUGUCACUCGCAGGAAAUCAGGCAGCAUCUCAAGUUGCUGGAGAUCUGCACUAACAUCUGAAAAAGUUUGAGGUCAUUCUGACGAACGUUAUUAAUUGAAUUGUAUAGUUUGUUCCUCCUCCCACAGCUGUUCCUCAGCUGCUGAGCGUUUCUGUUAGAUCCAGUGAGAGAUUUACUGGAAGAAAAAUCCCCAACUAGAAGCAAACCACGACCGAAGACGAGGGAACAGCAACAAAUGAACGAGGACUGAGAGCAUCAACUGGAGACUGAGGGAACCCAUCUGACUCGGAGAUUCCAGUGAUUCAGUCAGGAGAAAGCUUGUGAUGCAAAAGUUGCUGAAGAUUUUUUACAAGUGAGAAGAAGUGGAGUGAUACUUGGAAAUCUGACUUUUUAAAGCAUAAUUUGGCAAGCAAACCACACAUGGACAAUGUGCAAAAGCUCUGGUUAAAAAUGACAAGGAAUUUAUCCGCAGGAAUCUCGAACACAACACGCCAGUUUUGCUGUCUCUGUCCAGAUAUUUAAGAAGUGGAGCAAGGGAUUCACUCGAUCAUCCUUCCUGCUCAGACUGUGGGGAGGGAUUCACUCGAUCAUCCUUCCUGCUCAGACUGUGGGGAGGGAUUCACUCGAUCAUCCUUCCUGCUCAGACUGUGGGGAGGGAUUCACUCGGUCAUCUGACUGACUGGCACGCCUGUCAUUUUACACAGGGGGAAUCCCAUUCAUCUGCUCAGGCAGUGUGAAUGGAUACAAAUAGUCAUAUCAACUGAAGGUGCCUCAGCAAGUUCACACUGCACAAGGCCAUUCACCUGUUCUGUGGGUGAGAAGGGAUUCAGUCGUUCAUCCCACCUGUGGACACACCAGUCAGUUCACACUGGGCAGAGGCUGGUCAUUUGCUGAACUUGUGGGGAAGCAUUCACUCGGUCAUCUGACCUAAUGGCUCAACAGCGAGUUCAAACCAGGGAGCGGCCGUUCACCUGCUCGGACUGUGGGAAGAGAUUCACUUGCUCAUCUAAACUGAAGGAACAUCAGCGAGUUCACACUGGAGAGAGGCCGUUCACCUGCUCAGACUGUGGGAAGGGAUUCACUCAGUUAUCUCAUUUGGAGGUACAUCAGCGAGUUCACACUGGGGAGCGGCCGUUCACCUGCUCGGACUGUGGGAAGGGAUUCACUCAGUUAUCUCAUUUGGAGGUACAUCAGCGAGUUCACACUGGGGUGAGGCCAUUCACCUGCUCGGACUGUGGGAAGGGAUUCACUCAGUUAUCUCAUUUGGACGUACAUCAGCGAGUUCACACUGGGGAGAGGCCGUUCAUCUGCUCAGACUGUGGGAAGGGAUUCACUCAGUUAUCUCAUUUGAAGGUACAUCAGCGAGUUCACACCGGGGAGAGGCCGUUCACUUGCUCGGACUGUGGGAAGAGAUUCAGUCAGUCAUCCCACGUACAAGCACACCGAUCAAUUCACACUGGGGAGUGGCCAUUCACCUGCUUAGAAUGUGGGAAAGGAUUCAGUCAGUCAUCCCAACUACUGAGACACCAGUCAGUUCACACUAGGGAAAUGCUGUUCACCUGCUCAGACUGUGGGAUGCGAUUCACUUUGUCAUCUCAACUGAAGGUACACCAGCGAGUUCACACUGGGGAGAGGCCGUUCACCUGCUCGGACUGUGGGAAGAGAUUUACUCGGUUAUCCCAUAUGCAAGCACACCGGUCAGUUCACACUGGGGAGAGGCCAUUCACCUGCUCAGAUUGUGGGAAAGGAUUCACUCAGUCGUCGGACCUCCUGGUACACAAGUCAGUUCACACUGGGGAGAGUCCAUUCACCUGCUCAGACUGUGGGAAGGGAUUCACUUGUUCAUUCCAUCUGAAGGUACAUCAGAGAGUUCACAGUGGGGAGAGGCCGUUCACCUGCUUGGACUGUGGGAAGGGAUUCAUUUGCUCAUCCCAACUGAAGGUACAUCGGAGAGUUCACACUGGGGAGAGGCCGUUCACCUGCUCAGUCUGUGGGAAGGGGUUCACUCGGUCAUCUGUACUAAAGGUACAUCAACGAGUUCACACAAGGGAGCGGCCAUUCACCUGCUCGGACUGUGGGAAGGGAUUCACUUGCUCAUCCCAACUGAAGGUACAUCAGCGAGUUCACACUGCGGAGAGGCCGUUCACCUGCUCAGUCUGUGGGAAGGGAUUCACUUGCUUAUCCCACCUACACAAACACCAGCGAGUUCACACUGCGGAGAGGCCGUUCACCUGCUCAGCCUGCGGGAAGAGAUUCACUCAUUCAUCCCACCUACUGAGACACCAAUCAGUUCAUAGUGGGAAGAGGUCAUUCAUCUGCUCAUUGUGUGGGAAGGGAUUCAAUUGGUCAUCCAGCCUACAAGCACACCAGUCAGUUCACAGUGGGGAGCGGCCGUUCACCUGUUCAGACUGUGGGAAGAGAUUCAUUUGCUCAUCUCAUCUGAAGGUGCAUCAGCGAGUUCACACUGGAGAGAGGCCGUUCACCUGCUCAGUGUGUGGGAAGGGAUUCACUUGCUCAUCCAACCUAAAGAAACACCAGCGAGUUCACACUGGGUAGAGGCCGUUCACCUGCAGUAAAUGUGGGAAGAGAUUCCCUCAGUCCUCUAACCUUAUGUAACUCCCGCUUAAGCUGACAGUGUAUUAUUGGAGGUGAUAGCCCCGCAGCCCGGCCAGACUUAAGAAAUCUCAUUUGAGUGGAUGCUGCGUGAUGUGCCCCCUGUUACGGAUCAGUACUCCGAAAUGAAAAACGGUACAGAAUGUGUGAUCAAACGAUUGAGCUUUAUAAUUCUUACUUUGACUGUAGGGUUAGUGAAGAAAACAAAAAUAGAAAAAGGGCCCACUCUCUCUAGUCGCGUCUUCUCAUCUCUCCCCGGCUAAAGACCGCGAAAAUCUCUCCUCCAGACUCACAAGAAAGAACAACGUUUCUGUCAUUGGAUAGCCCCCAUUCCAAAACCCUGUUCUUUUGAUCGGGACAAGAAGUGCAGCAUCAGAGCUAAACCCUGAAGGAAGGCAGUUUUUAUAAAAAACGUUCUUCAGUACAAGAAGGGUGAGACUGCAGAGGACCGUGUGUCGUAGACAGGACAGUGUGGAGAGUUUAAAAAGAAGACCACCCUAUACAGCAGGCAGCAGAGUGCAGGUCUUUGGCUCAAAGGGCUUAGGCGGUAAUGGGAAGAGGCGAGUGCAAGGCAUUGAUUCUCUUUUUUCCCCUUGAUGAAAUGGCCUGGACAGUCGAAGGAACAGCAGGGCUCACACAGCUAACAGUAUGAGCUAACGGUUUAAAAAGUUCAUAUGUUUGGCGAGGUAAGUGGUUGGGUAGGCCUAUUUUUCAUUAUUUCAUUCUUGUAGAAUUAAGUAGCAUGUCUACAGGAUUAGUGCUUUGUUCGGGGUGUCAGAUGUGGAAAUCCUGGGAGACCUGCAGCCUCUCUGAUGGCCAUGUCUGCGCCAGGUGCACCGAGAUGCAGCUCCUCAGAGACCGUGUUAGGGAACUGGAGCUGCAGCUUGAUGACCUACUGCUUAUUAGGGAAAGUGAAGAGGUGAUAGACAGGAGCUACAGGUAGGUAGUGAUCCCUCGGUUACAGGGGUCAGAAAAUUGUGUGACUGUCAGGAGAGGGAAGGGAAAAUAGUGGAGAGCACCCUUGUGACUGUCCCCCUCAGGAACAAAUAUAUUGUUUUAGACGCUGUUGACGGGGAUGACCUGACAGGGGAAGGCCACGGUGACCGGGAAUCUGGCACUGUUCUGCAGGACAGAAGGAGGGAGAAGAGGAUUGUGAUAGUCAUAGGGGAUGCCGUAGUGAGGGUAAUGGACAGGAGAUUCUGUAAGCAUGAUAGAGAUACCCGCAUGGUGGGUUGCCUCCCAGGUACCAGGGUAUGGGGUGUCUCGGAUAGGGUCCAAAAUAUCCCGAAGGGAGAGGUCGAGCAGCCAUCUGUCUUGGUACAUGUUGGUACCAAUCACAUAGAUAGGAAAAGGGAGGAAGUCCUGAAGAGAGUUUUCUGGGAAUUAGGAAGGAAGCUGAGAAGUAGGACCUCCAGGGUAGUAAUCUCAGGAUUGCUACCUGGGCCACGUGCUAGCGAGGGCAAGAAUAGUAGGAUCAGGCAGAUGAAUGUGUGGCUGAGAGACUGGUGCAGGGGGCAGGGUUUCAGAUUCUUGGAUCAUUGGGAUCUCCUCUGGGGGAAGUAUGACCUUUUGAAAAAGGACGGGUUACACCUGAACCCGAAGGGGACCAAUAUCCUGGCAGGAGAGUUUAAUAGAGCUGUUAGGGGGGGGGGUUUAAACUAAUUUGGCGGGGGGUUGGGAAUGGGAAUGAUAGAGCAGAGGAGAGGCAAAACAGAAAUAGAUCUAAGGUAGUGAGUAGUAAGGAUGUCAGGAAGGACAGGCAUGGAAUGGGGCAAAUUUUUCAGCCAUUGGGAUGAGUUGCAGUGCAAUAAAAUUGCAGUGAAGUAAAGCAAAAAGUACCAAAUAAUGGACUUGAGGUGUCUUUUAAAUGUGCACAGCAUUGGGAAUAAGGUGGAUGAUCUUGUCGUACAGCUACAGAUUGGCAGGUAUGAUAUUGUGGCCAUCACUGAGAUGUGGCUAAAGGAUUCAUGUCUCUGGGAGCUGAACGUCCAAGGAUGCAUGGUGUAUUGGAAGGAUAGGCAGGUAGGCAGAGGGGGUGGCGUGGCUUUAAUGGUAAGAAAUGAUAUUUAAUCAUUAGAGUUGACAUAGGAUUGGAAGGUGCAGAAACUUCAUGGAUUGAGCUAAGAAAUUGCAGGGUUAAAUGGAACCUGAUGGCAGUUAUAUACAGGCCUCCUAAAAGCUGCAGUGAUGUGGACUACAAAUUACUACAGGAAAUAGAAAAGGCUUGCCAGAAGGGCAGUGUUAUGAUAAUUGUAGGGGAUUUUAACAUGCAAGUGGAUUGGGAAAAUCAGGUUGGCACUCGAUCUCAAGAGAGAGAAUUUGUAGAAUAUCUACGAGAUGGCUUUUUAGAACAGCUUGCUGUUGAGCCCACUAGGGGAUCAGCUGUACUGUGUUGGGUAUUGUGUAAUGAACCAGAGGUGAUUAGAGAGAUUGAGGUGAAGGAACCCUUAGGAGUCAGUGAUCAUAACAAGAUUGAGUUCACUGUGAAAUUUGAGAAAGAGAAGCCGAAAUCUGACGUGGAGGAAGGGCAGUGGCAUGAGAGAGGAACUGGCAAAAGUUGACUGGAAAGGGACACCAGUUGGAAGGACGGCGGAGUAGCAAUGGCUGGAGUUUAUACGGGAGGUGAGGAAGGUGCAAGACAGAUAUAUUCCAAAAAAAGACAUUUUCGAAUGGAAAAACGUUGAAACCAUGGUUGACAAAAGAAGUAAAAGCCAAAAUAAAAGUAAAGGAGAGGCAAUUAAGGAAUAAAAAAUUAGCGGGAAGACAGGAUUGGGAAGUUUUUAAAAGCUUUCAGAAGGAAACUAAGAAGGUCAUUAAGAGGGAAAAGAUAAAUUAUGAAAGAAAGCUAGCAAAUAAUAUCAAAGAGGAUGGUAAAAGCUUUUUCAAGUAUAUUAGGAGUAAAAGACAGGUGAGAGUAGAUAUAGGACCGAUAGAAAAUGAUGCUGGAGAAAUUGUAAUGGGAGAUAAGGACAUGGCGGAGGAACUGAACGAGUAUUUUGCAUCAGUCUUCACUGAGAAAGACAUCAGCAGUAUGCCGGGCACUCAAGGGUGUCAGGCAAGAGAAAUAUGCGUAAUCACAAUUACGACAGAGAAAGUACUCAGGAAGCUGAAUAUUCUAAGGGUAGAUAAAUCUCCUGGACCAGAUGGAAUGCAUCCUCGUGUUCUGUAGGAAGUAGCUGUGGGGAUUGCGGAGGCAUUAGCAAUGAUCUUUCAAAAGUCAAGAGAUUCUGCUCUAGUUCCGGAGGACUGGAAGAUUGCAAAUGUCACCCCGCUAUUUUAAGAAGGGGGCAAGGAAGCAUAAAGGAAAUUAUAGACCUGUUAGCUUGACAUCAGUGGUUGGGAAGUUGUUGGAGUCGAUUGUCAAGAAUGAGUUUACGGAGUACCUGGAGGAAUAUGACAAGAUAGGCAGAACUCAGCAUGGUUUCCUUAAAGGAAAAUCCUGCCUGACAAGCCCAGUGCAAUUUUUUGAGGAAAUUACAAGUAGGCUAGGCAAGGGAGAUGCAGUGGAUGUUGUGUAUUUGGAUUUUCAGAAGGCCUAUAUUUCCCAUGGUGUGGGAGUGUAGUACGAGAGGGCAUGACUGAAGGAUUAAAGGGCGCCCAUUCAGACCAGAGGUGUGAAGAAAUUUUUUUUUAGCCAGAGGGUGGUGAAUUAUUGGAAUUUGUUGCCACGGUCAGCAGCAGAGGCCAAGUGAUUGGGUGUAUUUAAGGCAGGGAUUGAUAGGUAUCUGAGUAGUUGGGGCAUCAAGGGAUAUGGUGAGGUGGGGAAGUGGGACUAAAGGGGAGAUUGGAUCAGCUCAUGAUAAAAUGGCAGAGCAGACUCGAUGGGCUGAAUGGCCGACUUCUGCUGCUUUGUCUUAUGGUCUUAUCUCUAGUCGUAACCUAAACGUUGCUACAGAGAAACCAUUAGCUCAGCAGUGAAACAUUACAGAGAGGCCAUUACAUUAGCAGUGAAACCUUACAGCAGGUUACACUUGUGACACAUUAACAGGUUCACACUGUGAGAAAAUUUCAAUAAGCUGCAUGCUAUAUAUUUGUCGAUCACCAUUGCUGAAUGCAAAUUUGCGAGUGACUGUCGGUGCUGAACUCUGCAAUUAUUGCUGCUGCUCACCACACCCAGUUCUGCACCCUGGUCACUGGACAUGGGAGGAGUUUCUUCUGCUCAUUCACCUUUAAUGGGACUAGAGUUUAAUAUUCUAAAUCUGAGACAGACAAAUCAGUUGUGUUUUAAACUCUGUCUCUGGUACUUAAGUGGAUCAGGGUUGAAUUUAUGGUGCCUUAAUGAAGUUAUGGUGGUUGUUCAUGAGUUUGUAUUUUAAAGCAAGAUUUUGGUGAAUGAUAUUUACCACUUGAUUGUACCUGCAUAAGAAAUCAGAUUGAAUUAAACUGCUGCAGGAUCCUGGAACGUAUUGGAUUGUGGCUGGUUUCUGUGGGCAUCGUCUGCAUUUAUUGCCUUGUUUGUUUAUAUUGUAUGUAAUUUUGAUUUUUUUUUCUUUUUGUUGACCACAUGGUCCUGUAUUUCUGCAAGGAACCCCUCUGUUUCUGGGAAGAGGUCUCCAACUUUCAGUCAGGUGCUUGAUGCUUGCUUGUGAACAUCUCGUCUGCUCAGAUCGUUGGGAGGUCUCCCAUGGAGGGUCACACUCAUUCCACUGGCUAAUGUUUUCUUCCAUUGUGAUGAUGCAUUUUUCUGAGUUGGCCUCAUUGAAUUUUUCUUGUCUGUAUUUCUUAUCACGAUUGCAUAUACAUGCAUGGAGUGCGGUAUCCUGAUCAUUUUUGAUGAAAAUAUAUACUUGGAAGUUUUAUCUUACUGUUGUGAUUUUUGUCAUGUGUGUUAUUUUUAGACCACCUUCUGUCCAAGUUAGUGUUAAUCUCAGUGGGUUUGAAUGUAAGUAGUCUUUUCUAGUUCUUAUUUAUUGUCGUAAAUUUCACUGAUUGAAAUGGGACCAAGAUAUUUUUAUUAAAAAAAAGUCAAUGACGGUAUUGAUGGAAGUGUUUAUUGCCUUUGUUGUAUUUGUUAACGAUUGAGCUCUGCUUGCAGGUUCUUUUUAAGCCUUGAACUAAAUUUUGUCAAAGGUUUUCACUAUUUUGCAGUACCUUCUAUUUUCUUUGCUUGUUGAUAUUCCAGAUACGUGGGUAUCAAGAGUCCCGAUGAAGGGUCUUGGCCCGAAAUGUUGAUUCCCAUCCAUAGUUGCUGCCCAACAUGUUGAGCUCCUCCAGCACUUUGUGUGUAGUUCUCAAGAUUUCUACCAUCUGCAGGUCCUCUUGCUUCCCAGAUACUGAUAUGUUUCUUGAAAGAACAGGCAAUGAACAAGCUGGUUGUGAGGUUGUGUG